UGUGGCUAGCUUCACACAGGUCCCAGGCAGCACUAUGUGCAGUAGUUAUGUUAACGUUUUCUUACCGCUGUGCCUUGAAGUUACUGGAGAUUAAUCAAAAAAUGCACUGUAGUUUGAAUAGUCACUGAGAUUCCUUGAUGUUCACCCAAACCCGUUCUCUUCGCUUAACCCGGACAACAUUAUUUCAGAUGUUACAUUUGAGCAACUUUAUCCAAAAGCAUCUGUCUCUCACCUUCUGUCGGAGACUGUCCUCAUCAUCACACCAGCUUGAGGGACCUUUGGCAGCGAGAAGAAAUUACUCUGGAAACCAAAACAUGCCCAAAAAGGACAAAACGAGUAAAACUGUAGGCCUACAGAAGCCGUCGGAGAAACCCUCGCCUUCUGGGCCAGUAGCUCGAAACAAGAACGGAGUGGUGACAAUUUCAGUGCACGCGAAGCCUGGAUCUAAACAGAACGCGAUUACAGAUGUGUCUAUAGAGGCAGUAGGUGUCGCUAUUGCCGCACCGCCAACAGAUGGGGAGGCCAAUGCGGAGCUUGUGCGGUAUCUCUCCAAGGUGCUGGAGUUGAAGAGAAGCGAAGUCGUUUUGGACAAGGGAUCCAGAUCCAGAGAGAAGAUUAUCAAGGUGACUGGGUCACUAACCCCGGAGCAGGUGUUGGACAGGUUAAAGCAAGAGGCUUCUGGAUGACAUCAUGGAGGACAUUGUAUUCCUGGUCCUAUGCAGCUUUACAGUAUUGGUUGAUUUUCAGACAUCUAUGGAAAACAGCUCAGAUAAGAUAAGAUAGUAGCUUACUAUCUUAGGGGAAAUGUGUUUGCAUCAGCUGAUACAUACACCAAUAAAUACACAAUAUGUGACAUGCCCUAUAGUGAAGCAUUCUACAAUUAUUUGAAAUGUAUAGGGGUCUGAAAUGAUUCCCAAAAUGUUGAAAGAACCCUUGUUUACUGAGGCCAUCCUCUCUCUUUCCUCAGAAAUAAUUUGUUGUCUUAUCUUUUGCACUGUGAUAGUAAAAAAAAAAUAUAUAUAUAUAUAUAUGAAUCACAAUGA